AUGCCGCAAAAAAAGAAAAGUAGUCUUUCUCAAUACACUAGAAGGGCUAAAAGGAUGAGACAAGUUCGAUCGCAAGAGACAAAUGAGGACCGUGAGCACCGUUUAGCUUACAAUAGAGAACAAACUGCGGAAUCUCGGGCAUCAGAGUCCAGUUUUAAUAAUGAAACGCGCUUAGCUACAGAUCGCGAACGUCACGCGUUGUCUCGCGCUUCGGAAACAUUAACAAAUUACUCUCAGCGUUUAAAAGUAGACCGUGAACGUCAUAUCGAGUCUCGAGCUUUAGAGACGUUUACGGAGCAUUCAGAAAGGUUGACUGCAGACCGUGAACGUCAUGCUGAAAGUCGCGCUUCAGAAACGUUUACGCAAUAUUCAGACCGCUUGACAGCAGACCGUGAUCGUCAUGCUGAGUUUCGCGCUUCGGAAACAUUUACGGAGUGUUCAGAACGGUUGACUGCAGACCGUGAACGUCAUGCUGAGUCUCGCGCUUCAGAAACGUUUACUCAAUAUUCGGAACGCUUGACUGCAGACCGUGAGCGUCAUGCUGAGUCUCGCGCUUCAGAAACGUUUACUCAAUAUUCGGAACGCUUGACUGCAGAUCGUGAGCGUCAUGUCGAGUCUCGCGCUUCGGAAACAUUUACGGAGUGUUCAGAACGGUUGACUGCAGACCGUGAAAGUCAUGCUGAGUCUCGCGCUUCAGAAACGCUAACUCAAUAUUCGGAACGCUUGACUGCAGACCGGGAACGUCAUGCAAGAUCACGUGCUUCGGAAUCAUUUACUCAAUAUGAAGCGAGGUUAGCAGCAGAUAGGGAGAGCCGUUCGAAUCCACGUUGCGUCUGCUUACAAGUAUUUACAGCCGUGCAAAAACAGUUCCACGAAUACUACAAGCAAGAUCGCGAUGUAAUUACCGUCUUGAAAUACCAAUUGGCUUCCUUUACUGAUAAAGGAAUUCAUGUACUGAUUAAAGAAGAUCCUAUGGUGGUCGUCAUAAUAACUCCAAUUAUGAAGAGAUUAUUUUUAAAAGGAUUCUCCGAUGAAAUGGUGUACAUAGAUUCGAGUGAUUCCUGUGACCAGACUUCAACGCGAGUGACAUUCAUAUUUGCAUCUCUAAAAAUUGGUGCAGUUCCCAUAGGUUGUGUUUUACACACUGCUGAUACGGAAGCCAACUAUACUCUUGCCUUUAUGUCUGUUAGGGAAACUUUAGAAAACGAUUCAGCUAGAAAAUUUCAACCACUUAUUAUAAUGACCGACGACAGCGAAGCGGAACGUAAUGCUCUAAAAUGUGUGUUCCCUCAAGCAAAUUUAUUACUCUGUCACUUUCAUGUCUGUCAAGCAGUUUGGCGAUGGCUAUGA